GCUGACGUAUAUUUUAUGCGCCUGUCAAACAGCAUCGACAAUGAUGGCAGCGGAGCAAACAAAGCAGGAACGGGAAAGCGAUGAUUACUCUCUUCUCCCAGUAGUUCAUGAUAUCAUAAAAUGCAUGGACAAAGAUAGUCAAGAUGUCCAUCAAGAACUAGCCAAGUUGAAGACGAGGAUCCAGGAUGCGCGUGAACAAAUCGGAACUAUGCCAGGAAUUGACAAGAGCCCGUCGGAGCAGCAGCAGGAACUGGAGAAGCUGCGGGAGCAAGUCCGCACGAAGAAUCAAUUACUGCAGAAAUACAAGAGUUUGUGUAUGUUUGAGGUUCCAAAAGCGUCGUGAAGGACGCUUUCCAGUCCACAUGGAAAUUAACUGAACUAGUAGAGACAGACGGAAGAGAAAUAUAUUUUUGUAUUUAAAACAGGCAAAUACUAAAGAACCUUCAUUUGGAAUCGUGGGAAAUAAGCUUUCUCAUAUGGAUAUCGUUUUGGGACUCCAUAUCGUGCUUUGUAUAAUUUUCUUAUCCAACCUAAAACAUUCUACAGUAUAAGUUAAGGACUUCUACCCCCUCUGUUAUUAAAACAAACACUAUUGUAUUUCACAAUAACAAUGGCUUUUUUUUUGUCAAUAAUGCUGCCUUCAGGUAUGAUUUCAGUAUUAUUUACUAUCCCCUUUGUCUUUUUUGUAGUUUUCUAAACAAAAUAUGUAUACUGAACUAUAUUAGCAAAUUAUUUAAGUUAAUGAUUUGUGGAUGCAGACUAUUCAACUUGAGUUUUGCUGAUUUUCCAAUGCAGUUACGCCUAAAAUAAGCCUGUUUAUUUCUUGUUGACAGUUGCCAACUAGUCUGCUCUGUAUAAGAUGCAGCAUGGUAACUACUUGCUCUGCUUUUAGAAAUAACAUUGUCUACCAUGAAGAAUGACAGUGUUUUUAGUGUGGUAUGCCUAUAGGCUGCAUUAUAAUGUUAAUGUUUACAAAAAUGAAAUAAGGCAUAAGGGGAUCUAGUAGCCUAUAUCUCCAAUAUGCCCCUAUGGGGCAUGGUAUAUAGACCAUAUACCACAAACCAUAAGAAUGAGGAACUUCUGUCAAACUGCUUACCAUGGUCAUCCUGAUUGAUGAACCAUCAGGAUGACCAUGGUAUUAGUUUCAUGGUUUUGAGUAUAACUGAAACUGUCUGAGGAUGUGCUAAUUUACUGUCAUUAGUGGCACCACAGAAAGGAUGACAAAGACUCAAACUUUUAAAAUUGUUUAUUUCCUUUUCAUUCUUUUUUUAUGAGAUGUAAACGCUGACAAGAAUAAUAAAUAUACAUUCAUAUUUGUU